AGUGGCAUGCCGCUUGUACUGCAACACUCUAUUUCGCAUAGUACACGCGGUAUAUCGCGCAUUUAUUCACAAUUUUGAUGGAGACGACGAGAAUUGGAACGAGUUUGUGGAUAUGAAUUUGGAAUAUACUCUCCCAAAUAACAGGAUGAAUCAUAUUUAAAAGAGACAUUGGCUAGCUGUGCAGCAGAGCCAAGCUCCACAGUAAGCACCACUAUGGCAGGAGUCAGGUGGCACCUUUGGAAGGGGACAAUGGCAUUCCUCCUUCUGGUUCUGCAGCUGGGCUUCAGCCUAGUCCUCGGUCAAGACAUCCAGUUCACCCGUUCAAUAUACAAUGCCACUAUUGCAGAAAACUCUCCCAUCAGAACCUUCAUCUCCACAGAACAGAAGAUGGGCAUUUACUUGCCAGACCCAUCAGUGACUGUGCGAUACAGUUUGCAGGAAAGCGAUGUGAGCGACCUUUUCUCUGCCAGACCAGAGGUUGUUGGUGACUUUGCUUUUUUGAGGAUAAGGACAAGACCGUGUAGAAACAAAAGCCAGUGUCCCAAUUUGAAAGUUAACAGAGAGGUAAGGCCGGAGUAUUAUCUUACGGUCAUUGCACAGAGCAGCUCAGGGGGAGAGAGAAGCUCAGCAACGGCAGAAGUGCACAUUGUUGUAAAGGAUGUUAAUGAGCAACCUCCACUCUUCUUGAGAGGGAACUAUGCAGCAACAGUUCGUGAGGACUAUCCAGUUUUCUCCAACAUUAUUCAAGUUGAGGCUCAUGAUUCAGACAGUGGCAUCAAUGGAGAGGUAUAUUAUAGUUUCCGCCAGCAGACAGAUCAGUUUGCAAUCCAUACAACCACUGGUGUGGUGUCCUUGACUAGACCUCUGGACUUUGAUCAGCGAUCAAGUUAUGCUCUAACUGUUGUUGCAAAAGACAGAGGUUUCACACCAUAUGGAGGAGUAGCUCUUACGUCAUCAGUGCAGCUGAGGAUAUAUGUUGAGCAAGUCAACAAGCAUAGUCCCGAGAUAAGGGUUGAGAAGCAACCCACUGUUUCAAGAAACAGUGAGGUAGGGACAGUCUUUGCGGUUGUAGGUGUGACAGAUGAAGACGGAGGUGCUAAUGGUGAAAUCGCAUCUUUAGAUAUCAUCGACGGGGACCCUGGUGGGUUCUUUAGAGUUGAGCCAUCGUCAACACCUGGUCGCUAUCAACUGAAGAUCGCUAAUUCUCUUCUCACAUCCAACCUACCCCAUGCUUUUAACGUGACUGUAGCUGCAUCAGACAGAGGAUCGUCCCCGAGGACCACUUCUCUCGUGGUUGGUGUUGUCCUUGAUGGUGCCAUGAAUUUUGAAGCCUAUUUUACCAGUGACUUCUUCAACACCACUAUCAGUGAAUUAAUGCCUGUGAACACCCCAUUUCUAUCUGUUGCACCCCGGAGCGCUAUAGGCAACACUGGUUUCUCUUAUGUCAUUCAGGAUCCAUCUCUGCCAUUUUCGAUAGGUACUCACACAGGGAUGCUGUCUGUUGCUGUUGAUCUGGACAGAGAGACUACACCAGAAUAUGAUUUCACAGUUGCAGUUCGUAAUUCCAAACAGCAAACCAUCGCUGAUACAAGGGUUUUGGUCAUUCUUUCAGAUGCAAAUGAUAACAAUCCAUCUUUUGAAGAAGAGCUCUAUACUGUAGAAGUUGAAGAGAACCGACCGGUUAAUUACCAAGUCCUUGUGGUACGAGCAAGUGAUCCAGAUCAUGGAGAGAAUGGUUUCAUUUCAUACAGUAUCGCAAACAUGAAUCCAGUUCCCUUUACCAUAGACCACCAAACUGGAUCAAUAAAUACUAGCAAAGUUCUUGACUAUGAGACCAUGAGGCACCAGUACAGGCUAAGAGUGAGGGCUUCUGAUUGGGGAGCUCCUUUCCGAAGAGAAGCAGAAGCUGUAGUUGUCAUCAACCUCAUCAAUCUCAAUGACAACAGACCAAAGUUUGAGAAGAUCAAUUGUGUUGGGGCAAUUGCCAAGUCUUUUCCAAGUGGGAGAGCCAUUGCAUUGAUAUCUGCCCUGGACUUUGAUGAUAAUAGACCAAGAUACUGGAUUACGAGUGGAAAUGUGAAUGACCUAUUUAGCAUUAAUACUCAGUCAGGAAACCUGACUUUGUCUCGCCCUGUAGCAGAUUCUGAUCCCCUGUUCUAUAGUUUGAGAAUAGAGGCAAGAGAUGGACCAACUUCUGUCAGCUAUAUGAGAACCAACAUGUCGAUCACCAACAAUGCAAACCCCAAUCCUCAAGCCCAUGCAAGGGGUUUGAAAGUGACAUGCCAGGAAACAGAUGUUGCAGAGGAGAUUGUCGGGCUGUAUGAGCAACUUCAGGCAAGUAACCAAGAGGUUGAACAUCUCCCUCCCAACUAUGCAGAGUUGUACUCUGCUAAUGUGCAUGAGCCAGAGUUUGAGACUGGGUUUAGGACAUCUGUAGCAGUUCCUGAAGACUCACCUGUUAGCAGCACUGUCCUUACUGUCAAUGCUAAUGAUUUGGAUCAUGGCUUUAAUGGAAAACUUCUUUAUGCAAUUUCAGAUGGGAAUGAUAAGUCCCACUUCCAAAUGGACUUUGAAACAGGUGAAUUGAAAGUUCUAAUGCCCCUGGAUCGUGAAACUCAGAGUGUGUAUGAUGUAACAGUAAAGGUAGCAGACAUGGGUAGGCCCCAGCAUACAAGGAAGAGCCCCUUGACCAUCACCCUGACUGAUGUCAAUGACAAUGCACCCCACUUUGAUCUGAAACAAUAUGAUGUCAAUAUUCCUGAAGAUGCAGAAGUAGGCCUUCGCUUUUUAGCAGUUCAUGCUUCUGAUCGGGAUGAGGGUCGUAAUCAAGAAGUGCGUUACAGCAUCAUCAGUGAUUCUCCUUCCUUUGACAUUGAUAUCAUCUCUGGAGAGCUUAGCGUUGCUGGGCCACUUGAUAGAGAAACCAUUCCAAUCCAUGAAGUUCGAGUUCAGGCAACAGAUCUUUCUGAUUCACCCCUCUCUACCUCUGUCAUCGUCAGAGUAUCCCUGGAUGACAUCAAUGACAAUCCACCACAAUGUCUUCUCCCCGAAAACAAAGUCAAGAUCCGUGAAGACCUUCCAACAGGAGCUGCUGUUCUGAGCGUCCAAGCUCACGAUCCUGAUAACCCUCCUAAUGGAACUGUACAUUACAGACUUGAUAAUUCAGGACCCUCGAAGUUCAGCAUUGACACUGAUUAUGGCACGCUCCGCCUGGUGGAAAUGCUGGACUACGAGGAGACGCAGCUUUACGAAAUUGUAGUCGCCAUCCGAGAUGAAGGAAUACCAGCUAUGAGUUCAACAUGCCGCAUAGUCGUAGAGGUUGUGGAUGUUAAUGAGAACACUCAUGCUCCCGUUUUCCAAAACUAUGUGCUGACUGGAUCUGUACAUGAAGGACAUAUCAAUGACACUGAAGUGAUGACUAUAACUGCUGCUGAUAUGGACAUGGGUAUAGAUGGGGAGGUGUCUUACACAAUCCGAGAUGGAAGUGGACUUGGAAGGUUCAGUAUCGACAAUGCAGGUUAGUCUAUAAUUCCUUUCAAGUUUUUACUUUGUGAGCUUGGAAAGUAGCUACAAAUAAUAGCAAAAAUUGUUUGAAAGAGAGAAAAAGGAUGAUGGGUGUUGCACUUUAAUAUUUAUCCUAACUUAUUAUGACAUUAUUUUAAGAGUCAUGUGAAAUAAAUGAAAGAAAAAAAGAUUGACUGAGUGUAUUGAACUAUAAUUCAUACAUGUAGUGUCCAUAAAUUUUACUGGAGCAAGUAUACAUGUAGUGAGCGUGAAAUGUUGAUGAAGUGCGUAGAUGUUGGUACCCUGCUAAGAUGAGCGAAACUCUCAGAAAGAAAACCCUGACUGCGAUUUGUGCAAUGUUAAUGAAGAAAGAAUAUUCUAAGCAAAGAUGAUCUCCCAAGCAGCUGUAUGAGUGGUGUAAUUUGAGCAGAAUGGCAUUUUAAUCUGAUUUUAGGCUAUUUCCUGUCGGCAAAAUGACAGCUUGGUUUGUCAAUGGUCUCAUCAUUUCUUGGCUCAUUAGCGAUGAGGAGAAGCUCAAGAUGAAAUCGACUGUGUUAUUGGGUUGAGGUCUUGAGGAGAACUUGAAAGAGUUUGCUCAACCUUUGAAGGAUGGUCAUGACUUUGAUCGACUCUUGGAAAGUGAUGGCAUAGAUCAGCUUUCACUGACCAGAAAUAUAACAGAUUCAAAAUUGUCAAACAAGGAUUACAUGUAUGUACUUUUCAUUAAAGAUAGACAUUUGAUUAUAUGGUUGUUGAUGCAAUUUUCAUAAUUAUUGCUACCCCUCACCUCACUUUUGAAUGAUAUCCAGUUGAUUCGGGAUAGUACAGGACUACAGGUGUAUUAAAAUCAAGGUGAAAUUUACUUUUGUUUCUGAAGUCACUUCACUUGUAGAACUUUUAUCUUUUUGUAAAACAUAUGCUUUAAAAAACCUUCAAAGUUACAUCAGUAUGAGCUUCCAUUCAUCAGUCUGGACUAUGUAAGAUAGGGUGCAAGGAGCAUGCCAUGCACACUGCAAGCGAUUUAUUGCGAUAUAUGCUUUUGUACCUGGGCAUUUGCCUCCAGGUACAUUUGCAUUAUAAAGUAUUUGUAGUUCAUUUUCACGAUCAGAUUCAUCUACUCCCUUUCCAUGCUGGUUGGUUCACGAUCAAUAGGCAUAUUGUGAUGGCAGACUGUCUUGCCAGGUUUCUACCUUUUCAUAUGCCUUGUACUGUGUGUAUCCCCAUAAACUCAGAGCCAAGUGCACACAUAAAUCAAUCUGGAUCAACACCAUUUUAAUUCUACCUAGAUGGGGGUGUGAGGUUUCACAGAUAAGUAAAGAAUAAUGAAAUAUUCAUACCAUCUGCAGGUCAGAAAGAAUCAGGCGUCCAUUCUGUAAAGACUUGCAAUUAUGGUCACUUUGCUGUUACCAUAGAAACCUUGUCUUUGAUUGGCUACUCUUCCAUGUUACCAUGGUAACAGAGUUUCCCAUAACGGUAAAGUAACAAUAAUGAUAAUCAAAAAUCCAAUAUUAAAUAAAUCAGUUCAUGGAUCAUCUACAUAGUUAAAUUUAUAUCCAUAUCAUGUGCAUUUGAAACCAAUUACAGUAUAUGUACAUAUACUGUUCUGACUUUAAGGCUUUAUAGAAUAUAGGCAUAUAUUCUAUUUUAACAGGCUACGGGGCCUUUAAUAGCAGAAAGCAUUGGAACAUAUAUCUUGUUUUGGAUAAUAGAUGAAAGUUUGAUUGAUCCACUGAAAUUGCUGACAAUCCUUUUGAAUUAUAUUGUUUCAUUUUUGUACAGUAUAUUGAAUGCAAUUUUGUAUAGAAAUAUUCAGUUUUGAUUCAGAUAUUGCUUUACUUUAUUUGAAACUUUUCUAAGAAAAGCUUUUUACUGAACAUUGCAGAAGUAACAACAUUGUAUACUGUACUUUUACAUGUAGAUGUCAAUACUUGAAUACUUAUACCCAUGCUGGUUUGAUACAUGGAACUAUGAAUAUUAGCCAAAAUACCUAAAAUAUGGAAUUAAUCCUUGAAAUUGGGCGAUUGGUAAACAUUCAUCAAUUGAAUGCAUAACAGGAAAUAAAAACAUUCUGCCACCAAUUCAUGCUUCAGAGACACCUUCAACAUGAAGUGCAUAAAACAUGAAAAAAAAACCCUCUUGACAUUCCAUAUGCACCAGUAUGUAACCUGGGACAGAGGCAUGUCCAAUAAUUGUGUUUGCAUUUGGUAUGCGGGCAUGCAGCAUCUCAAAGCUGAACUUCAUGUGACCGCAGCCUACCAGGCUGGUAAGCAGGCGGGCAGGCAGGCAGGGCAGAGUGCUCAUGAAAGCAAGGUAUAGGAGCACAGUGGCAGCGGGAUUAUAAUUACAUACGCUCCAAUCAAUAGGCCAUUGUAGGAAGCGUGCACAGCGGCGUUCUGCAAGUUGAAUUCACAGAAGAGAUUAAUCAAUGCAUAAUGAGAUGAAAGCAAAUUAGUUUUUCUGGGUGACUGACCCCAAAUGAUAGUUUUAUACUAUUUACAUGAAUCAUUCAUUUUGUCAUAGUUACAUUUCAUCCCUUCCUGGUAAUGAAUAUAAAUCAUUUAAAGACCAUG